GUCGGACGGCGGCAGGGAGGCAGCGUGUGUCCGGACAGCUGGUCGUAAUAUUUCGGAUAAUGCAGUCUUCUAAGAGGAGUGAGAGUGACUGGCAGGGGCUUGUCAGCGAGUUCCUGGUGUGUAAGCGGAAGCUCGAGAGUAAGAAGGAGGCCCUGCUCAUUCUGUCCAAGGAGCUGGAUACCUGUCAGCAGGAGAGAGACCAGUACAAGCUGAUGGCCAACCAGCUGAGGGAGCGCCACCAAGGCCUCAAGAAAAAGUACAGGGAACUCAUUGAUGGGGACCCCUCUUUGCCGCCAGAAAAACGCAAUCAAGUGAACCUGGCUCAGCUGUUGAGAGACUCGAGAGACCGAGCGAAGCAGCUUACAGAGGAGGUGAAGGAGCUGACUCAGAGGCUUGCAGAGGCCCAGGGGGAUAACAAGCUCCUGAGGAUGACCAUUACUCGACAGAGGCUGGGGGACGAGGAGGUGGGGACACGCCAUUUCCCCGCUCAUGAACGGGAGGAUCUCGUUCACCAGCUAGAGAGAGCGGGGCUGCAGAUGGAGGAGAUGGAGCACAACAUGAAGGCUGUGACAGACGAGCUGCAGGACGUGAAGGCGGAGCGCAGUGUGUUCAGGGAGAAGGCCUACCGACUCAACGUGGAGCUCAACCACAUCUUGGGCAACCGUGAGGCACGCAUCAUUGAUGUGGAUGCCCUCUGCAUGGAGAACAGGUAUCUGCAUGAACGUUUCAGCCAACUGCAAGAGGAGGUGAACCUGCUGAAAUCUAACAUCAUGAAGUACAAGACGGCUCUUGAGAGGAGGAAAAACUCCAGCACAUUCGGGAAAUCAAACAGCAGCCCCCUCACUGGAGUCCUCUCUGCCAAACAAGUCCAGGAGAUGCUCUUGGAAGAGCAGGGCUGCAGCCUGCCAGCCACACCUCAGUCCAUCUCCGACCUCAAGUCCCUGGCCACGGCUCUGCUGGAGACCAUCCAUGAGAAGAACCUGGUCAUCCAGCACCAGAGGCACACCAACAGGAUCCUCGGAAACAGAGUUGCAGAUUUGGAAAGGAAGCUGAAGACGCUGGAGGUUUCAGGACUGUGGAGCCUUCCAGGAACACGAGACAGUAUCACCCUGAAUGAAAACCUUCAGCCGGAGCUCCAUCCAACACGUGCCACGUCUCACCCCAACAUGCAGCCCAGAGUGCAGCCACCCAAAGACGACAGAAGUUCACAUGAAUCAUUGUGGGAAUGCCACACCGCUGGCAGCGACCUUGGCACAGAUGGCGUCAGCAGGGAAGACACACCUGCGCUGCUCAACAGCCUGGAGCCUCUCGUGGGCUUGGAGACGAAUGGGAUUGACAGGCGAGGGGGAGAAAUCGUGACCCUCACGGAAGAUCGAGCCGCCUUGGAGCUGGAGGAGGGGCGGAGUCCUGUGGAAGAGGCGGGGCACGAGGUUGAGGGAGUUGAAGAUGAAGAACUGGGCUCCACGGUGGAGGAAGGAGAAGAGGCAGCCUUGGCGCUGGGUGUCCCGUCCACUGAAUCAGACCUUCCUUGGCUCCCAAUUAAACAAACCUCUGCUGAUCACUCAGAGGCGGUUGAUCAGCCCUGCGAAUCCCAGGACGAUGGGUCUAAUAAUGUACCUGAACAUGUAGAAGCCUCAAUAUCAGUGCCGGAGAACCAGACCACAGAGGUGUCGAGUACGGAGUGGGACGCUCACUGUCAAUCAGCGUAGUGACGCCUGUCACAGUGACAACAGUGCUGCGACACCACUGAAAGACUGAGGGAGUUUAUUUAAAUCUUUGUCCUCCGUCUUGCUGCAUUCUUACAAUGUAACCACCGCUCACUAACUCGCUUUUCAACGCUGUUUUAGCCAAUAAAACCAAAAAACACUUUUUCUAGCCAGCGUUAACAGAACCGGUGGUGCACAUUGUAUUGAGACGGCUUGUUGCUGCACAGGAACAGAAACUCUUGAAAUCAGUGUAAUCGCAAACUUCAUGCCCUGCAGGAAAAAAUUAGCUACCAAAAUAAUAAAUAUGGCAGCCUCAACUUCUGUGCCCCGUAUUCCCUUCUUCCUUCCCCUGCGAUAAGAUAAUCCCAAUUGUUUGCUUUCUUCCUCUUCCUAAGGGAUGCCGAUAAAUUGAGUUCUCCAUUUUGUUGUUACUCUCAUCGGGGGUCUAACUUGGCUUACCAAAACUGUUUUGUAUAUAUGUGUGAAUUAAUGAUGUUAAUAUUAAAGAGACUAUUUAUGUCUAUUUAUCUGUA